ACGGGGCUUACCACCGGCCGGCCGGAGCUCGGGGCUCCCCGCCGCAGGGGUAGGCACUGGCUGCGAUCCCCGCAAGAGGCGCCCGCGCCGGCCGCGGGGCUGCGGGAAGGCGGCGGCGCGGGGCGGAGCUUGGCUGCGGGGAAAUGACGUCGCCACCCCGCGCGCUCCGCGGGCCGCGCACCCUGGUAACGGCGGCUCAGCGGCUCCCGCGCCCUCUUCCAGGUCCCCGCCUCCCCCCGCAGCAGCCCGCCCAGUCUCCUCCUCCCUCCGCAACCCCCUAGGCGGCUGUCCCGCUGGGUGUCGGGUGGGAGCGGGACCUGCGGGGCCACGUCGCCCACGUCUCCUCCGCCAGGCGCGAGCCGAAGAGCGGGCGAGAGCGGAUCGGGCCCCGGGCCGCCGCCGCAGCCCGGGCAUCUGCCCCGCGCCGGUGUCGCCCGCGGCUUCGGGCCGGCGGGGCCGCCCCGUCCCUGGACGGCGGUGACUCGGGGUUCGCGGGCGGGGGGGCGCGGGCGGCCGCGACUGGCGGGCGCCGGGUGUCGGGUCCGGAAGCGGCCGCCCCGGCUCCUGCGUCCCCGUCGCCGUUGCUCGGCGGGCCGCCCCCCGAGCGCGGGCACCGGUGCCCCGGCCGGGGUCUGCCGGGAAGAUGGCGACCCCGGGCAUGAGCUGGCAGCAGCACUAUUACGGCGGCUCGGCGGCCGGGGCGGCCAAAUUCGCGCCCUCGCCGGCCGCCGCGCAGCAGGCGGGGCACUGCAUGGACUACAGCCAGGACUUGCACCUGAAAAUGAGCAAGAAAAUCGCCCAGCUCACCAAGGUAAUAUAUGCUUUGAACACUAAAAAUGAUGAGCAUGAAUCUGCAAUUCAAGCCCUCAAAGAUGCUCAUGAAGAAGAAGUCCAACAAAUUCUUGCAGAAACAAGAGAAAAAAUAUUGCAGUAUAAAAGCAGAGUAUCAGAGGAGUUAGACCUUAAGAGAAAGAUUCAAGUUUUAGAAGCAUCAUUAGAAGAUCACAUAAAAAUGAAGCAGCAGGCUUUGACAGAAUUUGAGGCUUAUAAGCACAGAGUUGAGGACAUGCAACUUUGUGCAGAAGCCCAGCAUGUCCAACGCAUAGUAACCAUGUCUAGAGAGGUUGAAGAGAUUAGAAGGAAAUUUGAGGAAAGAUUACGGAGUUUUGGACAAGUCCAAGUACAGUUUGAAAAAGACAAACGGUUGGCAUUGGAAGAUUUGCGAACUGCUCACAGGCGGGAGAUCCAAGAGCUGCUGAAGUCGCAGCAGGAUCACAGUGCCUCAGUUAGUAAAGGACAGGAGAAAGCGGAGGAGCUGCACAGAAUGGAGGUGGAGGCCUUAAACAAGACACUGGAAGAGCUAAGGCUUGAGCGGAAAAAGCUAAUUGAGGAUUAUGAAGGCAAGUUGCGUAAAGCUCAGUCCUUUUAUGAACAUGAGCUAGAUACUUUGAAAAGGUCACAGCUUUUUACAGCAGAAAGCCUCCAGGCUAGCAAAGAAAAGGAAGCAGAUCUUAGAAAAGAAUUUCAGGGGCAAGAAGCAAUUUUACGAAAAACCAUAGGAAAAUUAAAGACAGAGUUACAGAUGGUACAGGAUGAAGCUGGAAGUCUCCAUGACAAAUGCCAGAAGCUUCAGGUAGCACUUGUUACAGCAGAGAACAGUGUUCAGGUUCUUCAAAAACAGCUUGAUGAUGCCAAGGAGGGAGAAAUGGCCUUAUUAAGCAGGCACAAGGAAGUGGAAAGUGAGCUAGCAGCAGCCAGAGAACGUUUACAGCAGCAAGCUUCAGAUCUUGUCCUCAAAGCUAGUCAUAUUGGAAUGCUUCAAGCAACUCAAAUGACCCAGGAGGUUACAAUUAAAGAUCUAGAAUCAGAAAAAUCAAGGGCCAAUGAGAGGUUAUCUCAGCUUGAAGAAGAAAGAGCUUUCUUGCAAAGCAAAACCCAGAGUCUGAAUGCAGAGCAGAAGCAGCAGAUUUUGGAACUGGAGAAGAAAGUAAAUGAGGCAAAGAAAACUCAGCAAGAAUAUUAUGAGAUGGAGCUAAACAACCUGCAAAAUAGACUGGAAGGAGAGGUGGCUCAAUUAAAUGAGGCCCAUUCUAAGACUUUGGAAGAAUUAGCUUGGAAGCACCAUAUGGCAAUUGAGGCUGUCCACAGUAAUGCGAUGAGGGAUAAGAAAAAACUGCAAAUGGAAUUGGAGGCACAACAUAAAAAGGAAAAGCUAAACCUGGAAGAGGAUAAAAAUCAGCUUCAACAAGAGCUAGAAAACCUGAAGGAAGAACUGGAAGACAAGCUGAAUUCAGCCAAUCAAGAGAUUGGCCACCUCCAAGAAAUGGUAAGCAAAAGUGAACAAGGUCUUGGCUCUGCAGAAGGACUCAUUGCUAGUCUUCAGGACUCCCAGGAAAGACUUCAAAAUGAGCUGGACUUGACUAAAGGCAGGCUGAAGGAGACCAAGGAUGCUCUAUUAAAUGCUGAGAGUGAGCUAGAACAAGAAAGGCAACAGCAUGAAGAAACACUUGCUGCCAUGAAAGAAGAGGAGAAACUGAGAGUGGACAAAAUGGCCCACGACUUAGAGAUAAAAUGGACUGAAAACCUUAGACAAGAGUGUUCUAAGCUUCGUGAAGAGUUAAGGCUUCAACAUGAAGAGGAUAAAAAGUCAGCAAUGUCUCAACUUUUGCAGUUAAAAGAGCGAGAGAAAAAUGCAGCCAGAGAUUCAUGGCAGAAAAAAGUAGAAGAUCUCUUAAACCAGAGGCACUCUCUGGGUGAAGCUUUGCAUAAAUCUAUCAACAAUAUUUCCUUGCUGAAACAGAAUCUGGAGAUGCAGCUUUCCCAGUCUCAGACCUCUUUGCAGCAACUACAAGCCCAGUUUACACAAGAACGACAACGACUUACACAAGAGCUUGAAGAAUUAGAGGAACAGCAUCAACAAAGACAUAAAUCUUUACAAGAAGCACAUGUCCUUGCAUUUCAAACUAUGGAAGAAGAAAAGGAAAAGGAACAAAGAGCUCUUGAAAAUCAUUUACAACAGAAACAUUCUGCAGAGCUUCAAUCAUUAAAAGAUGCACACAGAGAGUCAAUGGAGGGCUUCCGGAUAGAAAUGGAACAGGAACUUCAGACGCUUCGGUUUGAAUUAGAAGAUGAAGGAAAGGCUAUGCUUGCUUCUUUACGCUCAGAACUAAACCAUCAACAUGCAGCUGAAAUUGAUUUGUUACGGCAUAAUCAUCAACAAGAAUUGUCAGCCGCUAAAAUGGAAUUAGAGAGAAGCAUAGAUAUCAGCAGAAGACAGAGUAAGGAGCACAUGUGUAGAAUAACAGAUCUACAAGACGAAGUAAGGCACAGAGAGCAUCACAUCUCAGACUUGGAUAAGGAAGUACAGCACCUGCAUGAAAAUAUAAAUGCCCUGACCAAAGAAUUGGAAUUUAAGGGAAAAGAAAUUCUCAGAAUAAGAAGUGAAUCCAACCAACAGAUGAGACUAGAAGAGAUGGAAGAAAAAUAUCUAAUGAGAGAAUCAAAACCAGAAGAUUUACAGAUAAUUGCAGAAUUAAAAGCCAUGCUUACAGAAAGAGAUCAGGUCAUAACGAAACUAAUGGAGGAUAAUAAAUUUUAUCAGCUGGAAUUAGUCAAUCGAGAAACUAACUUCAACAAAGUGUUUAACUCAAGUCCUACUGUUGGUGUUAUUAAUCCACUGACUAAGCAAAAGAAGAAGAACAAUAAAUCACCAACAAACAGGUUUGUGAGUGUUCCCAAUCUAAGUGCUCUGGAAUCUGGUGGAGUGGGCAAUGGACAUCCUAACCGCCUGGAUCCCAUUCCUAAUUCUCCAGUCCACGAGACUGAGUUCAACAGCAGCAAACCACUUCCACAGCCAGUGCCACCCAAAGAGCCCAAGACAUUUUUGAGUCCUCCUCAGAGUGAAGCUUCCCCGGUGGCUUCUCCAGAUCCCCAGCGCCAGGAGUGGUUUGCCCGGUACUUCACAUUCUGAAAGAAUUGUUUUGGCACAGUUCUAGGUGGACUGUUACUAAAAGCAUGACCUUAUGCAGAUCGUUAUGUGAACAGGGUUUCCUGUGUCAAACACUGUGAAAGUAUUUGUCUCUCCAAUUGAAAAUGCCCUGUAUGUCCUGUGAUAUUUAUUGGAAUCACUCUAUAAGGUACUAUAUUAUGUGUGUAAUUAUAACAGUUAUUUUUAUUUGAGAUGGGAGAGGCUUUAAUCUUUGUAAUUACUGCAUAAUAAAUUUUGUUAGAACAAACAGUGUUUCUUUUUUUCUAGUAAGUUUGUUUUAACUUUUAAAUACUUUUUAAUUCCAGGUAAGACUUGCCAGAAAAAGUUUUACUACAUAAUAAUCAUAAAAUGUCAAAUUACUUCAAUAACAAAAUCAGGAUAGGGAAGUAUAACCUGUUAAUUUGUUUCAUUUCCGUGUAUAACUGUAACUGUGUUCUCUAAGUUUACAAGGCUAGAAUGAAAACACAUGUGGAAAUUAUGGACUUUCAAGUACAUAAAAUACUGCCAACUGAUUUAUAUUGUUUUUUAAAAUUAUUCUGAUAGUUGAGGACCUAGGAUUUCUAGUACAGCAUCUAUGCUCAGUGUUACGAAGCCAGCUUGUUAGUUUUCUAAAUAGGCAAUUUGGUACUGACACAUGAACAUGGACCCAACUAACCACUAUCAUCACAUGUUAAUGAGACCUUUUCUUCCUUUAAGUUUUCAGUCCACCUUGGCAGGCUACUGUAUUGUAUCCUGUGGCCUGAAAGAGUGCAUCCAUUUCUAAGACUGCCAAAUAUAGUUGACUCAGUAAUGUAGAUUUUAGAAUAACCUGGGUGAACAUGAUCUAUGAA